UAUUUCAUCACACGUUCAGAUUGUUCACAAUUUACUGUUCAGAUUUUUCACGAAGCUGUCUGUAGCUCCCGUCAGCGCCCACUACAAUAUCUGGCAGGAAAACCAGACAGCGACCAUAGCCGCCACAAAAUAUCUGGCAGGAGCCGCCAGAGUCAGAGCACCAGCCAAGGAUCAGUCGCCAGAGCCAGAGCACCCGCCAAGGAUUAGCCACCACCCGACAGCGGCCACUGGCGGCCGCCAUCUGCCACAAAAUGAUUCAACCCCCUCUCCGAAAUGUGGUAGAGCGGGGGACGGUUUAGAAUGAUCGGCGUGAGUCACUGGAAAUAACCAAAGGACGAAAACAGAUAGCGGAGCGUAACAGUUUUUAAAAAAUAGUCGUCCACGAAAUUUGCGAGAUGAUUAACCUACAACACUUUCUUCUUCUCCUGCAGGUGGCCAGUAUUAUGAGCCAGGGACCAUGUGGUGAUGUUCUAAAUGCAUGUAUGAAGAGUACUCCGGCCUGGCAAAGUUGUUAUGAGGAAAAGGUAAUUCCGUGCAGAAGUGUACGAUCCGGCACGGGACCCAUUGAAGGCGUUUUUGAUUUCUUCAAGACUGAUGUAGAUACGGACACCGACUUUGAGCACGUGACUGAAGCAGGAUAUGCUCUCUACCUCCCCCCAGAGGCACUGAGGAGAAGCACAGCCCUACGCCGUCCGGAGGACAGCACCACCAUGGCCCUGACACUGUUCAACAGCAGUCUUUUCAGGGUUGAUGUCGAUAAAAAUGAGACCAUUCUUGGAGGUAAAGUGCUGAGUGUGAAGGUGGGAAAACUGGCUGUGAGGGACCUCAGCCAGCCAGUGAGGAUCUCCUUCACGCACGCCAACGAGACAGGAGGACGAUGUGUGUACUAUGAGGUGCUGGACGAUGCCAACGGCACAGGUCGGUGGAGCACCGAGGGUUGUGUAGUCUCCAGGACCAACACGACAUUCGUCUGCAGCUGCAGUCACUUGAGUUUCUUCGCUGUGUUGGUGAACACAGAGGUGUCCAUAGACCCUGCCAAUGCUCUCACCCUGUCCUACAUCAGCUACAUCGGCUGUGGCCUGUCCGUAUUUUUCACAGCCCUAACCAUACUCAUGCAUUUGUGUCUGAGAAAGGGGCGGACUGACCAUUCGAUGGCUGUGCACCUAAACCUGACGGGGGCGCUGUUCUUCCUGCACCUGUUCUUCCUGGUGAGCGCGCUAUGGGCGGGGCCAGGCCUGGGACUGGGCGCGGAUUGGGGCGGGGUGGCCUGCCAGGCCCUGGGGCUUCUCCUCCACUACGCCCUCCUGGCCACCUUUACCUGGAUGGCCAUCGAGAGUUUCCACCUGUACAUGCUGCUGGUCCGCGUCUUCAACAUCUACGUCGCGAAAUACCUGCUGAAGCUGGGCCUGGUGGGCUGGGGUGAGUUCUCUAUUCUGCACCUACACCUGGAGAUACCUGCUCACCCUGGUUCUGAUGGGCUGGGGUGUUCCCAUGGUAACAGUCAUUGCCUGUGCCCUCAAUCAGACCUACGGCAGGUUCAGCCUACAGAUGGAGAGGAACAGAGGAGCCAGCACAGGCACAGAAGCAGAAGUGAAAGCAGACAUGUGCUGGAUAAGGAGAAAGGACGUGAGCUACAUCACAGUUACCGGCUACCUGGGCCUGGUCUUCCUCUUCGGCGCGGUCAUGCUGGGCGUGAUGGUGGCCAAGCUCCGGAGGAUGAGGACGAAGAGCGCGGUCUAUCAGGAGCACAAGAGGAGGCUGUGGAGGGACUGCCUGACCCUCCUCGGGAUGGGCUGCAUUUUGGGGAUCCCCUGGGGGCUUGCUUUCGUCACCUAUGGCCCUCUGUCUCUUCCAGGCCUCUACCUCUUCACCAUACUCAAUGGACUCCAAGGUGUCUUCAUGUUCCUCUGGUUCCUGGCCAGCACCUGGCAGCCAUGCAAGGACAGCAGCUCUGAAGCGAAUGACCCAUCCACACAAAAGAUGGAGACCAGCUUCAAUAACUGAACAUCGGCUCCUCCGUGCUUAGAGGUCAUAAUAAACAACUUAAUCAGGGACUCCCCGCAUCACAUCCAUCGACUUCCUUGAGGCAUUCUGGAAUCCACUUCCCAUCUAUCCAAUCCACUUCUAACCAACCUUUCCCUUUACUGUAAAUAAAUAGUCAUUAACCUUG